AUGGGAAACCCACAGAUACUCGUACCAUAUGGACUAGUUGUGUUACUUUACUUCUCAUGCUUCCUGAAGUUAACCUCAUCUUCUUCCAGUUCCAACUUCACUGAUCAAACUGAUCUUCUUGCCAUUCAAUCCAAACUCACAUUUGACCCUACUGAAACUGUCUUGGGUGGCAAUUGGACCACCAACACAAGCUUCUGUGGUUGGAUUGGGGUCUCUUGCAGUAAACGAAGGCAAAGAGUCAUCGCCUUGGACCUGUCAUAUAUGGGUCUCCAAGGCACGAUUGCACCACAUGUUGGCAACCUCUCCUUUCUGGUCUCAUUGGAUCUCCGAAACAACAGCUUCUCUGGGUUCCUGCCGAAUGAAAUCAGCCAUUUACAUCGCUUGAAGGUACUCAUAUUGCGUGCCAACCAGUUGGAGGGAAACAUCCCUCCAACUUUGUAUCGCUGUGAAAAGCUUGAAAUGAUUAGCCUUGCAAUAAACAAGCUUAGCGGCCAUAUACCUAAAGAGUUGGGUUUCUUACCCAGACUUGAGCAACUAUUGAUUGGUAACAAUAAUUUUUCUGGUGGAGUUCCACCAAUUUUGGGUAACAUUUCAACAUUGGAAGUAUUGAGUAUGCCCUCUAACGGCCUUACUGGUUCACUUCCUUCUUCCCUGUUUAACCUGUCUUCUUUAGUUAUGUUUUGUGUAUACCAAAAUUACCUUUCUGGAAGUUUUCAUGAUGUUGAUCUCUGCCAUUCUUGUCCUAGACUUCAUUUCCUUUCUCUUAGUCUCAAUAAUUUCAGUGGCCAGCUUCCUUACCUCAGCAAUUGUACAGAGCUUGUCAUAUUGUCCUUAUCAUGCAAUAAGUUUGUGGGAAAAAUUCCAGCAGAUAUUGGCAACUCAAAAAACCUUGAAGUCCUUUACCUUGGUUUUAAUAGCCUAACGGGUACUAUACCUCCUACCAUAGGUAAUUUGUCCAACUUAGAAACCUUUGUUUUAAAGCAGACUAACGUUAAGGGAAGCAUUCCUCAUGAUUUAGGACGUCUUUCUAGAUUGAUCACAUUUAUAAUUGGUAGGAAUGGCCUAAGCGGACCAGUGCCUCCAGAAAUAUUCAAUAUCUCCUCCCUACAAGUUAUUGAAGCAAGAGAUAAUGCCCUUUCAGGAAAGUUUCCUUCCUCCUCUGCAGUUCGGCUUCCCAGCAUUGGAUUCAUCUCUUUUUCUAACAAUAAAAUUACUGGACAAGUCCCAUCCUAUUUUGCAAAUUUUACAAAGCUCUACUUAUUUCAGGUUAAAAACAACUCUCUCUACGGACCAAUUCCCAAGAAUUUUGGUAGCUUAAAUCACCUCGAAACCCUUCAUCUCGGGGGAAAUCAAUUAACAGGAGAUCCCGGAGUUCCUACACUUGAUUUUCUUUCCUCGUUGUUUAAUUGCCCUUCCCUGAAAGCAUUAGUUCUGUCUGAGAAUCCUUUAAAUGGCACCAUACCAAACUCCUUUGGAAAUUCUUCUUCUCCUCUCCAGUUGUUUUCAAUAGACAAGUGCCAGAUUAAGGGCCACAUACCCAAGGGAAUUGGUUCUUUGAAAAGCUUGACGUUCCUUUCAUGGGAUAACAACAAUCUGAGUGGAAAUAUACCAGAGUCGAUUGGAGGUUUGGAGAGGCUGCAAAGAUUGUAUCUUGGCAACAACAGUUUAGAAGGCUCUAUUCCAGACGAGCUUUGUCUUUUGAGGAACCUGGGAGAACUAUCACUAGAGAAUAAUAAAAUCUCUGAAUCAAUCCCAAAUUGCAUAGGAAACCUCAACCUCCUUCAGAUAGUUUCCCUAAGUUCCAAUAGAUUGACAUCAUCAGUACCGUUGAGUUUAUGGAACCUUGAAAAUCUCCUGUUCCUAGAUCUGUCAAACAAUUCUUUUUAUGGGAACUUACCUUCAAGCUUGAGAAAGUUGAAUGCUAUUCAAGAGAUAGAUUUAUCUCAAAACCAAUUUACCGGAAACAUUCCAAGCACCAUAGGCAGUUUGCAAACCCUGAGCUCUCUUAAUCUGUCACACAACUUGUUUACAGGUUCUGUUCCACAAACUUUUGGUGAGCAGCUGAAAGGGUUGGAAUUGUUGGACUUAUCAUUCAAUAAUCUUUCUGGUGCAAUACCAAAGUCUCUUGAGAAACUCAAAUUUCUCAAGUACUUAAAUCUCUCGUUCAACUACCUCUCCGGAGAGGUCCCUUUUGGGGGACGUUUCGUCAACUUCAAUGCCCAGUCAUUUUUGGUGAAUAAAGCACUGUGUGGGAGACGUGAGUUUGGACUCCCACCUUGCAAGACUCAUAGGACUCAAAAAUCAAAAGUGGCCACCCAUUUGCUGGCCAAAUAUGUUCUUCCAGCCAUUGCAUCAACACUGAUUCUCAUAGCCCUCUGUUAUAUGAUGACAAAGUAUGGAACAAGAAAGAGAGGCAAGACUCCGAGUUCAGUUGAACAGUUAACAACAGUGGAGCAUAUUGUGAUAUCAUAUCAAGAACUCCGUCGGGCUACAAAUGACUUUUGUGAAAGCAACUUACUUGGAGUGGGAAGUUUUGGCUCGGUGUACAAGGGGAUACUGUCUAAUGGGACAACCGUUGCUGUCAAAGUUCUUAAGCUGGAAAUGGAGGGUGCUGUAAAAAGUUUUGAUGCAGAAUGCAAGGUGUGGAGAACAACCAGGCAUAGGAAUCUUGUAAAGGUCAUAACUACAUGUUCUAGCCCUGAAAUAAGAGCUUUGGUGCUGCAGUACAUGUCCAAUGGCAGUCUUGAGAAGUGGUUAUACUCUCACAACUACUGUCUCAGUAUUCUGCAAAGAGUGAGCAUGUUAAUCGAUAUUGCAUCUGCUUUGGAAUAUCUCCAUCAUGGUCAAGAAGAAACCGUGGUGCACUGUGAUGUGAAGCCUGGCAAUGUCCUUCUUGAUGAAGACAUGGUUGCACAUCUUGCAGAUUUUGGUCUUGCAAAAAUUUUAGCAAAAAACAAAGAGGAAACACAGACAAGGACCAUCGGCACUCUGGGCUACGUAGCACCAGAGUAUGGUUCUGCAGGAAAAGUGUCUAGAAGUGGUGAUGUUUAUAGCUUCGGGAUAAUGUUGCUGGAAAUAAUGGCGAGAAAGAAACCUACCGAUGAAAUGUUUGCUGGAGAAGUGACUUUGAGGCAAUGGGUAAAUGUGUCUAUCCCUGAUAAUGUUCUAGAAGUGGUGGAUGCUGGCUUAUUGAUCUUAGAAGAGGGAAGAGACAUGUUUGCCACAGAAUCUAUCGUUAUGUUCAUCCUGGAAAUAGGCUUGAGGUGUUCCGAAGAAGUAGCAGAGGAUAGAAUGGACAUUAAGGAUGUGGUGCCCGAGCUCAAGAAAAUAAAAGUGGCACUACAAGAAUGA